AUGAAGGAGCCUGACGCAAUCAAGCUCUUCAUCGGGCAGAUACCCCGAAACCUGGAGGAGAAGGACCUGAAGCCCAUCUUCGAGCAGUUUGGCAAGAUCUAUGAGUUGACGGUGAUAAAGGACAAAUACACAGGGAUGCACAAAGGAUGUGCCUUCCUGACAUAUUGUGCACGUGAGUCCGCCCUCAAAGCCCAGAAUGCACUGCACGAGCAGAAGACAUUACCAGGGAUGAACCGUCCAAUCCAAGUGAAGCCGGCGGACAGCGAGAGCAGAGGGGAAGACCGGAAGCUGUUUGUGGGCAUGCUGGGGAAGCAGCAGACGGACACGGAUGUGAGGAAGAUGUUCGAGCCGUUUGGCAGCAUAGAGGAGUGCACGGUGCUCCGCGGGCCCGACGGUACCAGCAAAGGGUGUGCAUUUGUAAAGUACCAGAGCAACGCUGAGGCCCAGGCCGCCAUCAACACUCUGCACGGGAGUCGCACUUUACCAGGUGCCUCGUCCAGCCUGGUGGUGAAGUUUGCCGAUUCAGAGAAGGAGCGAGGGCUCCGGCGGAUGCAGCAGGUGGCCUCUCAGCUGGGAGUCAUCAGUCCCAUGACCCUGCACCUCGGGGCCUACAAUGCUUACACGCAGGCUUUGAUGCAGCAGCAGGCCCUGGUGGCGCAGUCGGCCUACCUCUCUCCUGUUGCCACCGUGGCGGCGGUUCAGAUGCAGCAACUCGCCGCCCUCAACCCCAGCAGCAUCAUUGCCACGCCGAUCGCAUCCAUCACCCCCUCCUCAGGUACCAGCACUCCACCCUCCAUGGCAGCCACACCUGUUCCUGCUCUGCCUCCACCACUCAGCUACGCCUCUUUGCCAACUAUGCCCAACGGCCAAUCAGCAACUGAGGCCCUGUACACCAAUGGGGUUCAUGCCUAUCAAGCUCAGAGUCCUGUCCUGGACCCCCUGCAGCAAGCUUAUACGGGCAUGCAGCACUAUACAGCCACCUACCCUGCUGCCUACAGCCUGGUGGGACAGCCGUUCCCCCACCAGCCCACACUGGUGGCUCAGCAGCCGCAGCAGCCGCAGCAACUGCAGCAACGAGAAGGUCCUGAGGGAUGUAACAUCUUCAUCUACCACCUGCCACAGGAGUUCACUGACUCUGAGAUACUGCAGAUGUUCCUUCCUUUCGGAAACGUUAUCUCUGCAAAGGUUUUUGUGGACCGCGCCACCAACCAGAGUAAAUGCUUUGGUUUUGUGAGUUUUGACAACCCAUCAAGCGCCCAGACUGCCAUCCAGGCCAUGAACGGCUUCCAGAUCGGCAUGAAGAGACUGAAGGUGCAGCUGAAGAGGCCCAAGGAUGCCAACAGGCCUUACUGAAGGAGGAAAACCUAAGAGUUCAAUCAAGAAAACCACUUGGGAUGUCCCAGCCUUUUUUGGUUGUUUGACCAACCGUAUAGCACAGGAGCAACACUUCACAAAAAGCAGUAUCACGUGUAUGCGCUUUCAAAAAAACAACAGACAACAGCAGUAAUAUCAGCAACAAAAUACUACAGAAUCCGCAUCCGCAAUAUCAGAAGUGCUCCAGAUUUCCUAUCAUUCCAGCGCUGGAUUCAUUUAUAUUAUGUACAUACUCUAUUGUCAGCAACAAGAUCUACAUGUUAAGAAAAAGCAUAUCACUGAUGUUAUUCUCCUGAACAGGGUUCUACUGUAUAGUGUGAUUUGUGGUCUAUGGCAUUAAAAGAAGGCCAGUCUACACAGCCGGAGGUGAAAAGAAAAUACUAUUCUGUAUUAUUACCAUUGGUAAUAUUGUUAUGUAGAGUUAGUUUUAUUAUUUAUACGUAAAUUAAAAUCAUGGGGUAAUUAAACUGGAAGAGAUUUGAAUUUCCUCUCACUGUACAUACCUUGGUUUUAAAGGAGUUUAAGGACUUCACCAGUUAAGAUUCUCUGCUGCCACUACUUUUCAAAUUAUCAAA